UCUUCGACACCACUAAUUUAGUUUCAUCUUUCUUUCCUCUAUGCGAGGACAGCUUAAAGGGCAUGUAAACCCAAAAAUCGUACAUUUUCUUUUCACAUAGCUGUUUAGGAAAUAUAUCAAGUAAAGUUGCGAUUCGUUUUUUCUUAAUAGUCCUUUUUUCACGUUGUAAAAGCUCUUCCAAAUUCGAAACAUUCGCCAUCUUGAAUUGCGGCAUCUUUCCUUUGACGUCAAGUGCAACUUUCCAGUAGUGGAGGUCAAAAGCAGAUAAGAUAUCUUUACGUCUCCUUCGACCGAGGAGAAGUAGAGCUCUCCCAAAGUUAAGGGAAAGAAAGGGAGACAAAUAAGAAAUUCCUAAAAACCUCUCAAACUGUCAACCUUUUGACAGCCAAGUCAGCUCGCCAUUAAAGGGUCUCAAAUUCAUCCAAAACGCCCGUGACAAACGGAUGUAAAACCAGACCAACUCUUGCUAGAUUUAUACACAAGAUGAGUGCCUCCAAAACACCUUUCAUGACGGACAAAACAAAGAACCACAUCCGUCUCAUAUCAAACUGGAUGCCACCAGUUUAGCCUUCUAUUGCCCUUUAAAGCUACUUGGAAAAUUUCAUAACACAACUUGCUGAGAUUACUCAUAUAGCUCAUAAAAGAGUUUGUAAUAACGAUAAGUCCCUUAGUUGCCAAAAGCCCGAUAUCAUGAAACGAAUUGUUACCUGUACAGCAAAUGGCAAAUGGUUGAACCUUCCACCAUCUGCUUUUAGUCUUUCGUUUACUCAGUCAAAACAUUUGCAAGAGCAGUAAACGAGAAAUGUUUCGCUCUCUCUCUCUCCACAACCGAGUUGGUUUUAGGAUUGUGGGAAAUUAAGUUAAAUCGGAAAUGAUCUUUUUCUGUUAACCACUCUGCUUAAACUUACCAUCAUUGUUAGUUCCAGAUCAAGAGGUCUCUGAAAAAUUGAUCACGAUUCGCAUAUAAAGCUCAGUUUAAUACUGGAAACACAUUACGUCGAGUUCACGACUAUGAUUGAUACUUAACAAAAAGUAAAAAUCAAAAUAGAAAUUAAAAAAAUUACAUAGAUAAUAUAAAAUCUUUUCACAGACCAACCGGCAGAUUAAGAGACUUAUCAGCUACGCGUUAAUUCUUAAAAGGACCCCCCCCCUCCGAAGGGGAAAACGUUCCACCCACUUAGAGAUGACGUCAAAAGGUUGCCUUGACUCCUGAGCAAAGAUAAUUGCCUGAUUGGUUGAUUUCAUCAGUGUAAGCUUGGCUAUGACCCAGAACGAGAAUAUUGAGACUAACUCAAUAUCUCCAUGCUAUAAAAUCAUCAAGUGCCUUUUCAAAGAAGUCCUUCUGGUUUAUUUGACGCAAUUUCCGGCAAAAGUGUCUAUAGUUAGGGAAAAGAAGCAUCCCGUAAGGAGAUCAACUUGACUGACUGAAGAUGGCCGAGAAGUUUGAUUUGAUUCCUGCCAACGAAAGAUGCGAUACACUCAGGGUAGUGUUCGACUUCUACACUCCCAGGCCUCAUUUCAUCAUUUUGCCCCGCAAUACGGCCAUAAAAAAAUACCACGACUUUGACCAAGGGGCCAAGCUGAAAGUAGUUAAAGCAGCAUUGUCGAUGGUCUCCGAAUAUAAGCUUCAAGAGUUAGCUGUUUUGUCCCUCCACUUUGGGAAGUGGUAUAAUCCAAGGAAGCAUUUCCAUGCACAUCUUUGUGUAGACGUAGAAACUUAUCUCGAUAUUUUUGAAAGAACUAAGAGAAGAGUUCGCGACUGGCCCUUGGAUAAGUACGUCUCGAAGGAAUGGAAGGAAAGCAGGGAUCCGAAUGAUUAUGCGAUUAACGUUCGUGCAUAUCCCUUCAAAUCAUAUUUUCAGAGCGGAGUCGGAGAAAUCCGAAAGUAUCGUACAAGUUCAACUGGUAGAUCCAAUGUCUCACGUCCUCCUUCGCCGUCCAACUUUUUCUUUCACCCAGAAGAACCAAGGGUCGGAUUAGCAGUCGAGAAGUCAAAGAAACCAAGAAAUUGUGAGUCUCUAUUUAAAGCUCUAGAAGAGAUGAUUAACUAUGCGGGAGAGAACAACCUUACCAAAACUGGUGCAAAACUUGAUGAAGAGGGAUGCCACGUAUGUUUGGUCCUUGAUGGAAAGUCGCAUGGCUUCCAUUUGGAGGAUUCUCAGUGUCUUGUUGGCUUCAUUCAAGUAUCUGGGCUGAAGUUCUACAGAGAUUUGUGUCCACCUGACCAGCAGGAUGAGUGGUUCGAUAACUUUAGCGCAAUGCCAGACUAUAGAGUGUCUACUUGAAUUUCUUCUUAACUACUAAUUUAGUUUGAUCUUUUGUUUCUUUUUGCGAAGACAGCUUAAAUUGUUCUGCAAAGUUAUCAAUCCGGGAUAUCCCAAUAUAUAAGGAUGGCCGUGACUCGCAUUUCGACCAAUGAAAAUUCGUGUUGUGAUUCCAGUGUCACAUUUCAAAACAAAGCAAUAUUUCCAAGAUGGCGGACGAAGGCAGAUUCGGUGAAUAGUGAUCUUCUGAUCUGUUCAUUAUUUUUAUUCGAACGGAAAGGUAUGAGACUGUGACAAUAUAGAUUUUGUAUUGAAUAAAGAAAGAUUACAAAGGCGA